AUGGCAUCCGAUGACCAAGCAAAUCUCCCGAAAUUCCUCCAGGCCAUGGAGUCCAUCUAUGGGCCUUUCCCAAAAUCGACCGACCAGAAUCUCUCCAAAUGGGUACCCCCGCCGGCCGCCGAGGGCCAUCGAGGCCGUUAUCUCUGGACAGACGGGUUCGCCGUCGUCAACUUCCUGACCUUGUACCAGCUGACCCACGAGGACCGUUACCUCACCUUCGCCCAGAACCUCAUCACCACCGUGCACAACAUCCUGGGGUAUACACGCAACGGCAAAUCUCGCCUGCCCGGUGCCACGGACCAGCAUCCCCUCAAAGGCGGGUUGCGGAUUGGGAAGCACGACGAAUCCGGCUCCGACGGCGACGGCCAGUAUUUCCACUACCUCACGGUGUGGAUGUUCGCCCUCAACCGCAUGAGCCUGGUGAGCGGGAACCGGUGGUACAACGACCAAGCCAUCUCCAUGGCCCAGGCCGUCCUCCCGCACUUCAUGUCCAACGCCGAGUCGCACCGGCCGCGGAUGUUCUGGAAACUCAGCGUGGAUCUCGCGCAGCCCCUCGUCCUGUCGGAGGGCAACCUCGAUCCCGUCGACGGCUAUGUCACCUACAAGCUCCUCCAAUCCUCGAAUCCCGACGACCCGGAGAUCCUGAGCGAAGAAGUCUCGCUGUUCAAGAAGAUCGUCGACAAGAAGCUCCGGGACUACACGUCCACCGACACGUUGGACCUGGGCAUGACCCUGUGGACGGCCCAUUGGCUGACGCCCGAGGAGGAGUGGGCGAACAAUCUAACGAGCCGCGCGAUCGGCUGCGUCAAACAGCUGCUGGAGAACGACUACUUUGACCAGCCGGUCGCUCAACGCCUCGCAUUCCGCGAAUUCGGAACCGCGCUUGGUAUUAAAGCCGCGCUCUCCGGCGGAACCGACGAGGAUGGUCUGCGCCGCGAGGACGAACUGGUCGACGCCGAGAUCCGCUCACUGCCUGGCUUGAUCUGUCGGACCUGGGAAGAAGCAGGGCUGGUCCCCGUGCCGACCAAGAAGAUGCAAGGGCGCAUGGCCGAGCUGAUGCCCAUCACGGCGGUCAUGUACGCAACUGCCCUAAUUCCUGGGCUGAUGUGUAAACCAUCAUGA